AACGACAUGUACUGACUACUGUACGACGAUCGCACAAUGCAAUAAUGGUUUACUGUGUUGGCCACGGAGAAUUUUUUGCCGUGAAUCACUCUGGAUUCGAUCGGAAUUCCUAAGCGGAAGUGGAUGGUUAGUCACCCCCGAAAAAGCUGGCCCACUUUCGGGCUAGAGUACACAUUCGCUUGUUGGCGACUUUGUCGUGUUGAUGGAUUUGUAAGCAGGCUGGGAGAGCGAUCGAAGAUUAUCAAGAGCAGAGGGAUACCACGAAUAUUGUUAAUGAUCUUGGAAAGGUCCGGACCUCCGCUGCUUAGUGUACAAAAUAAGGCAAUGGUCGUCACUUGAAGAACUCGCAGAAUCUGUUAAAAAAAAUUACCUUUUUUAUUAGCCAUGGCGUCGAUGCGAAGUUUGGACGACAUUGAUCUGUCAAGCUUGAGGGAUCCUGCCGGAAUCUUUGAUUUGAUGGAAGUUGUUGGCAAUGGAACCUACGGCCAAGUAUACAAGGGUCGCCAUGUCAAGACAGGUCAACUGGCAGCAAUCAAGGUCAUGGAUGUCACAGAGGAAGAGGAAGAGGAAAUCAAGUUGGAGAUCAAUGUUCUUAAAAAGUAUUCACAUCACAGAAACAUCGCCACGUACUACGGGGCGUUCAUCAAGAAAGGACUACGAGGGACCGACGACCAAUUAUGGUUGGUGAUGGAGUUUUGCGGAGCGGGAUCCGUGACAGAUCUGGUCAAAGCCACGAAGGGCAACGCUCUGAAGGAAGAGUGGAUCGCGUACAUCUGCAGAGAAAUCCUGAGGGGACUAAGUCAUCUCCAUGCCAACCAUGUCAUCCACAGAGACAUCAAGGGGCAGAAUGUGUUGCUGACAGAGGAUGCAGAGGUCAAACUAGUUGACUUCGGCGUGAGUGCCCAACUGGACAAGACUAUCGGUCGCCGUAACACCUUCAUCGGUACCCCGUACUGGAUGGCGCCCGAGGUCAUCGCCUGCGACGAGAAUCCCGACGCGACGUACGAUAAUCGCAGCGACCUGUGGUCCCUGGGGAUCACCGCGCUGGAGAUGGCUGAGGGACAGCCUCCUCUUUGCGACAUGCACCCCAUGAGGGCGCUAUUUCUCAUCCCUCGGAAUCCGCCACCUAGGAUGAAAAGCAAAAAAUGGAGUAAGAAAUUCUCCAACUUUGUGGAGAAGUGUCUGGUGAAGAACUACCACGAUCGGCCCAACACCACACAGCUGCUGAAGCACCCUUACAUCAAGGACCUGCCCAAUGAGAGGCAGGUUCGAAUUCAACUCAAGGACCACAUCGACCGCACCAAGAAGAAGAGAGUGGAGGAUUCAGCCACUGACUAUGACUACAACAGUAACGAGAGCGAGGAAGACGGGGAGAUCGAAGAUGAAGGAGAACCAAGUUCCAUGCUGCCGGGCCCGAGCGAGGCAACCCUCCGCAAGAACUUCCAGCGCCUGCAGGCAGAGGAGGGGCGGAGACGGGAAUCCCCCGCCCCCCGCUACCGGCCCCCGGAUAACCUACGCCCGAUCCCCAACCAGGCACCCCAGCCAAUCCGGCAGCCCCAACAGCCACAGCAACAGUAUCAGCCCCCUGCCAGGCAGCCCCAGCCACAGCAACAGCCCCCGAGACAGCAGGGCAGGCCGCUCAGCGCCCAACUGCCGCAAGCCGCAGUGCAGAACAGGCAGCAGGCUAGGCUGAGCCAGGCCGUGGAGGAGCAUACCCCGCCCCCUACGCCCAAAACUCCGGUCAGGGUCGAGGCCCCCAGGGCACAGCCGGUAAUUACGCAACACAUGGCCAACCGACCCCAAGUAGCUCAGGUUAGCGAGGUGAGGGUAGACCCAGCCAGGAAGGAACAACAACAACCACCCAAGCAGGUCAACAACCAGGGAAGGCCCAAGAAUCCGGCGGACUUGGAUGCCCUUGCAGCCCAGCUAAGCGCUAUGGGAGGUCAAGGUGACGGAGGUAGCGAGGGAGGUAGCCUGGAUGAUGAAGAUGAGGAGGAUGAGGUGCCAGAGGGUGGAGCUGACGGCACAGUACUGGCCUCAGAUGCUCCCAUGCCACUACCCGAACCAGAAGGAUAUGAUGCAGAUACUUUAGCAACAUUUGUAGUCCACGAAGAUCCUAAUGAGAGUAACAUCAGUUCCGAGAGCUCAUCAAGCUUUGUGCCGCAGCCCUCGGGACCAGGGCGGACACAGGUACCGAUUGACGUGGGUCCUACCAGGCAAGGGGCUCCUCCAGCCAGCAACCAGGCCGGGGGAAGCGGGCAAGGCAGACCCCACUCAGGCUCCCCGGCCAACCAGAGGAAGACGGAGAGCCCUAACCAACAGAGAAGGAUUUCUAACGGCCAGUCACGACCAAGCAAUCUGGAAGUUGGCAGCGAUGUCCUACCAGACCUUCUCAUGCAGCAGCAGAGCCCUAUCGGCGCCGGGAAGGCCCAGGCACCGCAGGACAAAGCUUCCUCAGAUGAGGUUGAGGGGCCCGAUGACGACGUGUUCACUGAGCAUGCCCAGACGGGCGUCAGUGAUUCGUCGAGCUCAAUUCACGCCCAGUAUCGCCUAGCAAUCAGCAAUAACCCCAAGAAUCCUGUCAGCAAUGUCAAAUCCCCGAUGCGCAAGCAGACCUCCUUCUCUGCGUUCGGCUUUGGGGCCAGCCCGACCACGCCCACCGCGCCAGGCUUCGUCCCCAUGCGCCGAGGCUCCAACAUCUCGGUCAACGUCAAGCCCACCACCCCGGACAGCCUCAACGACAUGCCGGAGAUCCGCAAGUACCGCAAGAAGUUCAACUCAGAGAUCCUGUGUGCGUCACUGUGGGGUGUAAAUCUCUUAAUAGGCACCGACAGCGGACUGAUGUUGUUGGACAGGUCGGGCGAAGGGAAGGUCUAUCCGCUGCUAUCGCGCAAGCGAUUUGAGCAGAUGGACGUCCUGGAAAGCCAGAACAUACUGGUCUGCAUAUCAGGGAAGAAGGCUAAGCUACGUGCAUAUUUCUUGUCAUGGCUGAAACAGAAGAUCGUAAAGAACGAGGACAACAGUCACAUCCAGUCACAGCAGACGAUGGACAAGCGUAAGAUUGGUUUUGUCUCGGUGGGCGAUCUGGAGGGUUGUAUUCACUACAAGGUGGUCAAGUACGAGAAGAUCAAAUUCCUGGUGAUCGCUCUGAAGGAGAGCAUUGAGAUCUACGCAUGGGCACCCAAGCCCUACCACAAAUUCAUGGCUUUCAAGACGUUUCCCAACCUGACCCACCGGCCCCAGAUCGUGGACCUGACCGUGGAGGACAACCAGAGGUUAAAGGUCAUCUACGGGUCAUCAGCUGGCUUCCAUGCCAUCGACCUGGACUCGGCCUCCGUGCAGGACAUUCACAUCCCGUCAUUAGAUAUUGGAACCAUCAUCCCCCACUGUAUAGUGAUCUUGCCCAACAACCAAGGAAAGAACCUCUUGCUAUGUUUCAACAAUGAGGGAGUGUUUGUCGAUACGAACGGUGCCGCAGUCAAGGACGUGACUCUGCAAUGGGGAGAGCUGCCGACUUCCGUGGCUUACAUCAGUACGGGCCAGAUCAUGGGCUGGGGCAACAAAGCCAUUGAGAUACGCUCAGCAGAGACCGGCCACUUGGAUGGUGUUUUCAUGCACAAACGCAGCCAACAGCUGAGGUUCCUGUGUGAACGCAAUGACAAGGUGUUCUUUGCCUCGAUUCGGCCCUCCAAUUCUCAAGUGUACUUCCUGACACUGCGAGCAGGUCUCGGCAAUUGGUAGUAGGAACCUCCCCUUUUUUCUCUGUCAAGCCCCACCCCUCUCUUCUCCCAUGUCCGACUCUAACCCUCCCAUACCAGAUCCUUCAAGAGCCAUCAGAGGGUUUGAAAGAUUUUACAGGGUGGAGGAAGGUAAAGCCCAGCCACUAUGGCAUUAUGUGAGGGUUGAUGUCUCUUGCAAGUUUCAAGUACAUUUUUACGUGUACAGAGAAUGUGCCAGUGGUUUCCCACAUAAUCGUGGAUUUUGUAGGAUUCAGGAAGAAUCCUAUUGAAAAAAAAUAGCCAAGGGAGUUAUGGUCAGUCAGUUUUGCUGCGUUCAUGUGGGUCAUUCUUGAUACUCGAGAGACUAGGAAAAUGUUGCGUGGGCACUGCACUCGUGGUCACGUUGCUCAAAAAGGUUAAUGUUUUUAAACAUGCACAAAAUGGCUGACGAAUGGCGGAAACUAAUUCUUCGUGAAAGAACAUAGUUGUAAUUCGGACAAAUGUGAAUACUGUUUCAGAUUUUUUGUUAUUUAUCGUAAUAAUUUAACAAGAAUUCAUCAG